CGGAUUGGAAGCUCACAGGGUGGCUUUCGAGAAUGUCCUGUAUUUGUCGUCAAAUGCAUGUGUUGUGCCAUUUGAGCAUCUCCAUGCUCAACUUUCUUGAACUUUGCUGACUUGCUGAUGCCUCCCAUUCACCCCAAGUGCACCCAAUUCACCCCAACUUCUGCAGAACAUGGCCAAACAUAGGGUUCUCCCGUUGGGUUCUCCCGUCGUGUGGGCGAAGGAGCGCGGACCUUCCCUUUCACGGGUCCCACCCCUUUCACGGGUCACCCAACUGAUCGGCAGUCCGAUGGCAGUCCCAUGUCUCGCGUUUGGGGGUGAGUUUGGCUCAGUGGUCUCCGUUCAACGCUCCGUUUCAGCGGCUUUUCCACCAUGGGCUUCGAUCGCAUCUGCGGAACAUGCUGCGCUGCAGAGUCAACGGAGAUGACUGGAACGUUCGGAGCAGCAUCAACUGCCUUGGUCCAUGAGAUGUUCUUCCCCAUGUAUGUGGUGAAGGUCUCUGACUUCCUGGAGAUGACUGGCCCGCCUGCGGCACAUGCGGAGCUGCAGGCCAAGGGACUUCUGCACCAAUGGCGCCCAGAGAUGUUUGUGAUCUUCGUCUCUCACCAGUGGCUGAGCUUCGAACAUCCUGAUCCAAAAGGAGAACAAGCGAGCUUCCUACGGGCGGCCUUAAGGAACGUCAUCAAUGGGACGACGCAGGUGGAGAUGGACAUGGUCACGGAGAGCGGGGGUCCAGGCUUCCCUUGCGAGGGCCGGAGAUGGAUCGCGGGCGGAUACCUCUUCCUGGACUGGUUUGCCAUUCCGCAGGUCACAGCGCGUGCGGCGGGCGUCAACGAGGACGUGGUGAAGUCGGAUGCUGCGAAGGCGGUGCAGAGUAUCCCUGCGUACGUGGAAGUGGCCAAUAUUUUUCUGGGGCUGGUGUGCCCAUUGCAGCAUUAUGAGACUGGGAGCAUUUGCAACUUUAGCUCCUGGCUCUCGCGGGGCUGGUGCCGCGCGGAACUCUGGUGCCAUGUGCUCUCCAACAAGCCAGAUACCCGAGUGAUUGUGAUUCACAGCAAGCUCGAAGUGGAGUUUAUGUUUGCCUUGAACUGGCAGCACAAUAGCAUCAGCAACGGGCAAUUUACGGUGGAGAGUGACCGAGCCGUGGUGGUGCAGUUGGGACACUUGGCCUUGCAAAGCAAGAUCCAAUACCUCUCCCAGAAGGGGCCCUUGUGGGCUUAUCGCUUCUACUCUGCCCUCAUCCCGCGGCUCUUCAAGCAGGAGACGGCCGCGGCGCGGAGCACGUCGCCGCAGCACUUCGUGGAGCUCUUUCGGUUCCCCAACUUCAAAGCAGCCGUAGAGGACACCAGCAGCAUGAACGGGGUGCUGUGUGCGCUCUUCGCGGGCGACGCGGAGAUGCUGCGGCUGCUAGGGCAGCAGCGGGCAGACAUGAAUGGCCGGCUGCAUGGGUUGGAGACCUUGGGUUAUUUUGAUAGUCAGACUCCUUUGAUGGCAGCGCUGAAGUCACAACAGGAGUCGGAGGUGAUCUCUGCCCUUCUGGAGAUGCGCGCCGACGUGGAUCUGAAGUCAAGGACAUACAUCAAGUGCACCUACUUGGUGCGAUCUCCCGAGCAUGUGAAGCUGCUGCUGGCUGCGCGCGCGGACUUCCAGCACAGCGGCCCGGGGAACCUGACAGCGCUCACUGGAGCCGCCAGCUGGGCGUCGGCCUCCACCGUGCAGUCGAUCCUGGACGCGGGGUAUAGCCCCAACGACACGAACGCCCAAGCCAACAAAGUCCACAUCAUCGGAUAUACACCUUUGCAUGGCCUGGCAAUCCACAGCCGUGACAAUCCCGAGGCACUGGAAUCUGCGCGUAUACUCAUCGAAUCUCGUGCUGACGUGAAUGCGCAAGCCCGUCCAAAGGGUUGGUUGAAAGUGGGCAUUCCCUUGGCGAACCUCUACAGCUACUUCCGCCCACGCAGCCGUCGAGUGCAACACUUGGCCUAUUUUCCGGGCAUCACGCCCUUGGGCAUUACAGCCUGGUCGGGCGAUCAACGCUUGGCGGAACUGCUCUUGGAGUAUCAUGCCGUACCUUGGGUGGUCGCGUAGCACGGGGCGCAUCGGUCGCCGGAGUCACCGCCAGAGAGAGAGGGUCGGAAGAGGACACGACUGGGAAGAGGAGAUCAGAAGAACCACUGCAAAGGUGCUAGAGGGUGACUUUUGACAGGUUAAGCACAGGCUAUAGCAGGCUUACAUGGCUGCCCGUUUGGACAACCUCCAACUAGUGAGCUGAGGAUGUAUCGUUGACCAACGACAUGGGGAAGACCCCUGAGGAUCUGGCGCUGGAGCUUGGUCAAAAGCAUUUGUUGCCCUUGCUACCUGUUGGCUUGAGCCAGAACUUUGGGGGGCGGGAAGGGGGGAAUCAGGGCAGGCUGAAGCGGGGUUGGGAGCAGGUUACUACUGAGGCUUAGGUCAGGUGGCAGGACAGGAGCACAGGCAGAAGGAUUCACGUCACAGGCACCUGAGGACGAUUUCUGAUCCCAAGUGUGUCUGGUGCAGAUCAACCUAGACUGUCCUCAGGCGUACUAUUAGACGACCGGACUGUGUUGCCACAGGCCCGGCCUUCCCUAUAGUAAAACAGUUCGACGUCGGUGACCUCGGUGGACGCUCCGCCGGACGCCGAAGCCAGGUUGGCCACCUUCGCGGUGUGACGCCGCAGUUUGCAGUAGAGAGGUUGUUGUGAGGGACGCGGGACCCAGAAGUUAGACAAGGUGAUCUAUUACAGGAAUGACCAGGUUUAGAGCUCGUUCAAUCGGGGACUGGAGCCCCAGAAGCCGGGCGCGGUGUCGAGCCCGACCCCAGGCCCCAUUCCAAACGGAAGGGCUGGACGUCAAAGACGCCAGCUGGGUGCCAACUUUUGAAGUUGGAUCUGGUUUGCAGGGCCCGCAGUCAGGAAAAUGAUGGAAC